AUGGAUCUGGGAGAUGACGAGGAGGAGAUAGGGGAAGGAGAGGACGAGGCGGUUCACUUUGUGCUUCUGGCGGAGUUCGACAUCGAUUUGGGGUCGACAAUAUCCCAGCAAUACCCUUAUCCAACAGGGACAGACGAGCAUCGCCUCGCAGAACUCAUGCUUCCCGAUGGAGCCCACCUUCGGACCGAAGAUUGGACGGUAUUCUACCUCGGACAGGAUCACGCGCUCGCCAUCGACCCAAUGCUAGCGCACGAAGAGGCGGUCGCGCCGGUCGAAGAUAGGAGGGCGAGUAUGUUCCCCAAAGGCAGCAGACCAAAACGAGGAGCGGUCGGCGGCGGACUACUCUAUGUCUUGUCUUGUGUGCGGUGUAAAGCGGACAAGACGGCCAAGCGGGGAGCGCUGGUCAAGAGUCUAGCUAUCUGCACGCCACAUCCAUGGAUACAUGUGUUCAAGCCCAUCCUCCUGCUCGCUCUCGAAGAGUACUUCCGCGCCCCCUCCCCUGAAGUCCUCGCACAUCUAUACGACUGCUGCAACUCAGCUCAGAUCCUCGCCGUGCCCCGUCUUACCCGCGCCGAGAAGAUCAUGAUGCGCCAAUCCGACCGCAAAGAUCUCUUUGAAGAGCGGUACGAUGCCGCGAGUGCCGCUGCGAGAGAUAUGGAGCUGGAGGCUGCUGCGAUCAGCGCCGAGCUGGAUGAGCGGCAAGAGAAGAUGCCGAUGUUGCGAGAACGGAGCGACUCCAGCCAUCUUGCCACUCCUUCCGGGCAGGCGCGGAGUGGUGCAGAUACGGGGAGGAAAGGGAUGCGAGAUACGCACUUCUUUGAUGUGGAUGUGCGGUUUAGGCGAAUCAAUGUUCCGAUGAAGAUCCCUCUGUCGACAUUCGAGGAGGAAGUCGGCGAUUACUCCCUGGUAGAGCUUAUUAGCACCUUCUCAUCCAACCCCGCUCCCUUCCCCGGCCCUUUCCACCCAUAUCUCCACACCAAUGGCGCCGCCACCCAUCCUAUCGUACUCCUCAUUAACGCUCUCCUGGCUCACAAACGCGUCCUCAUCCUCGGCACCCAGUAUCCAGCAAAUCACGUCGCCCGUACCGUCCUCUCCGUCUGCGCCCUCGCUACAGGCUGCGGCCAAAUUCUGCGCGGUAUCACAGAGACCGCCCUCCCUUACUGCAACCUCAGUUGUUAUGAGAUGCUGGAGGGGAUGAACGGAUUUGUGGCGGGGAUCACCAAUCCUCGAUUCGUGGAAUUACCCUGCUGGGAUGUGUGCUGCGACAUUGAGACGGGGAAGAUUACGGUCAACAAGAACAUGAAGGCAGGGAGCUCGAUGGGGCAGAACAGUGGCGCGCAGGGAAGCGAAGUCACUGUGGGGCAGGGGACGAGGCUGGAUCUGGAUGCGGCGGGUAUGGCGAGUGCGCCGGCGGCGAAGAUGACGGCCACGCAAAAGGCGGAUUGUGUGGACAACCAGUUUAUGGAAGAGAUCAUGUCGGCGAUCGGAGCACACUAUGGCGAAAUGUACAUCCGUCAACGGAUGACCGACUAUAUCGCCCGCUUCACCCGACUAGCCUCGUAUCAGGAAUACCUGCACCAUGGGCUGACCAAGAUCGGCUACCCCUCCACCCCGUUCCGCGAUGGGCGUAUGGGAAGCGGAACGGUAUUUACCGAUGAGAGCAAGAAGCAGCGGGAAAUGUGGGCAAAUGGGCAUCGGAUAGAUGCGUGGCGAAAGACCAAGAGCUAUCGGUUAUUUGCAAAAGACUGGGCGCAAGAAGCACGCAGAAGACGGAUACCCUUCGAUGUGCAUCAUCAGAUCGCGUGCUUGCGGACUGGGCAGAACAUGGGCGAUGCCGAGGCAGAGGCGAUUUUUGGGUCACUGGCGCAAAAUCUGGAAACGUAUGAGCAGGUCCUGGAGCUGCUCAAGAGUCUACCACUCCACCUGGGUGGUCUGACACCCAUUGCGAAUGGGCUAUUCCACCGCUGGGUCGCUGUUCGAGAAUCAGCGGUGGACAUCCUCCUGUCAUUGCAGCAUUUUCAGCUCGGUCAACAUGCUGUGAUGGCCAUGAACUACUUUCAUCGGAAAGCAUUUAUGCAGUUGCUGGAGCGGAGAAAUGCCGUGCACGCAGAGCGGCAGCGGCAAGAAGGGCCAAGAACGGGUGGGAUGAGCGAAGGACCAGAGGGAGAAGAAGUAUUGCAAAGAGAAGAAGUGCAGGCAUCUUGA